AUGGCAAUCUGGGAUUGCGAUUGUGACGGUUGCAACAAGUCUUCUGUUCGCAUAUAUGGGGACUGUGUCCUUUGUGAUCAUCAUUUUUGCGUGAAACAUCUGGGGCCAGAGUAUCAUACAUGCCCAAAAUGGGAGGAUGAGGAUCGUUACGGCCCUGCUGCUCAAGAGGCUGAAAAGAAUGAAAUCACAAGUCUUAUUGAAAAAAUCGACAUAUUAGCGCUCACUCAGCGCGCUAGCAGUCUCCGCAAUGGUCUCGCGUGCUCCGUGGCCCAGGGUCUACAAUAUGAUAGAGCCUUACGCAGCUCAGUCAUGGGAGGCAUGAAUUAUCAUAUCGAGAUUUUAUUCGAAGAUGGAAUCAGCUGGCUCGCGCGCAUCCGAAGAUUCAACGCUACUUCCCCACCCCCGGAACUGCGGAAUUAUAUCAUAGGCAGUGAAGUCUCAACCUUGCAGUUCUUAAGCAAGACAAAGGUUCCUAUUCCUACGGUUUUUGACUUCAAUCCGGACGAAUCAAACCCUGUCGGUGUUGGUUAUAUCCUUAUGGAGAAGUUGCCUGGGAAAUCCUUGCGGUGGUCUCUUACUACCCCAAAGCAGAGGCAAAAGGUUAUUAGUCAACUUGCAGAUAUCUAUAUUGAAUUGAAAGGUUUCCCCUUCUCAAUGAUGGGUUCCUUCAAUCAGCAGAACUCUUCUCAUGUUGGACCCAUUGCACGAGAGUCCUUAGCCGACUUUAAAGACCUACAUAUGAGAAUUCCUGGGCCUUAUACAUCUUCAGAAGAAUAUUUCAACGCACACAUUCAAUUGAUAUUGGAUUUGAUAAUACGACAAUAA